GAAACCAUGUGAUUUUCUGGAAAGCCCCGUUCCAGGGGGAGUCCACCCUCCCCAGCACGGGGACUCUGGAGCUGCACCUCCCGGCUAAGGAGCAGCACAGCGCUGAACACGAGGGGGCCAGAGAAACUCUUUUGCAGGGAGCAGCUCAGUGGGGUUGGCACAGGCAGCAGCUGCAUCCAGAGACACAGCGGCAGGAGAGGAACAAACUGUGGGGAACGUUUGUGGCUCGACCUCCUCCCCUCGGAGUCCCUGGCGAGAGAGCUGGUGGGGUCAUGCCCAAGCCCGUCGGUCUAGGGAGCAAACAAAUGGGCAACAGGCGGAAGAAACUUGGCAUCUGCCUGGUAGGUGCCUCCGUCCUCAUAUUAGCUGCCAUAUUAAUCGCUCUCACCUGCUGUGCGGUCAAGUGCCAGGGGCAGCUGAAGAGCUCAGAUCUGGAUGAGAAACUCGCCCACCUGGAGGACGAGAAGAGGGCCCUGGAACAGCAGCGGGAUGGGGCGAGGGCAGAGGUCACGGCGCUGCGGUCGGAGCUGGCCGGCACCAAUCAGACCCUCUGGGAGAUGCGCGGGCGCUGGGAUUCCUGCCGGAGCCUGACGCAUAACCUGCAGAACAACAUCACUGCCCUGAGCGACAAACUCACACAGCUGGAAGCCAGAGACUCUGAGCGGGAGGCCAAGGAACAAGGGUUACAAGAUGAAAAUGGCAGGCUCAGAGAGCAGCUCUCCAGCCAGUCCCAGAAGCUGCAGGAUUCCCAGCAAGAAUUCCAGAAUCAAAGAGAUCAGCUCAAAGCUAACAUCCAUUGGCUGAACUUGGAGCUCCAAAGCCAGAGGAAUCAGCGCUCCAGCAUGGACAGCCUCAGGGGUCACAGUGUGUCUCUCUACCUGGCUCUGCCCCUCCUUGGGACCCUUCUCCUUUAAGAGGAGCAGCUUUGUACAGCAGGCGAGAGAGCUGUCUCCUGUGCAGGUCCUGCUGCCUCGCCUGGCGUCGCUGAACCGGCCGUCUCAUUCCAAGUCUCCUCCCAGCGCAUAGCAGCACUGCCAGGUCCCAGCUGAAGUCAGGGCCCACCUGUGCCAGGCCAGAGACACAGCUCGCAGACCAAACAGCAGCACAGGAGAAAAAGAAAGAUCAUCAUCUCCUUUUUAUAGAUGGGAAACUGAAGCACAAGGCGAUUAGAGAGUCACCUCAAGAGCACAUGGAGAGUCAAGACUUCAGCUCUCCUGAGCACCAGCAUGUAACCCUAAGGCCACACUUCCUCUCCAGUCCUCCCUCGCCUACAUCUCCUUUCUCUCUCCCUCUGCUGUUCUUUAGCUCAGUGCAUUGGGUCAGGGGAUGGGGACACAGGACUGUCUCUCUCGCUCUCCGUUUAUUUCCAUCAUCCGUCCCCAAUGCCCUUUCGAUCCCUCGGGAUUUGUGUUCGAUCCCUCGGGAUUUGUGCUGACCAGGAGAAUCCCCACGGGAACACGGUGCACAGCGCAGCUCGCUCCCCUCCAAUUCACCCUCAGGUCUGAGCCACUAGCUUGCUACGACCUCGGCCCUUCCCCGAGUCGUGCAGGGAGACGGGUUCCUGCGCAGCCCAGCCCUGGCGGACGGAUCUCGUUGGCUCCUGCCCAGCACCGGAGGACGAUGGGAAAACCGUGAAGAAGAUCCAGCCGGUGAAGGGCGCAGGGAGGAUGGAGCCGCUUCACCCAGAGCCAGAGCCCCUGGGGUUUCUUGGACUCAGAUUAUCCCAGACAACAAUGGCCCUGAGCGGAGUCAAGCCCCAGCUGGGGUAUUUGCUGCUCCCUUAGGGUUUCUGUUUUUCUAAUGCAAUUUUGCCAACCCCAAAGGUUUGUGGUGUCAUUUAACCUCCCACGCCCUGCCCGAUCAGAGACCCGGGGCUCAGAGUGAGCAGCGCCGGAGCCGUGUUCGUGGCCCUCCCACGCCUGACCUGCCUUCAGGAUUCUUUGCUGCGUCUGCUGCUAGUUUGGAGCACGGGGCAAACCCCUCUCCCCGCUCCUGGGCUGGGGUGACGGGCUCUGCACAGGGCGCUUAGGGGUAAGCCCUGUAGGCCCAGGCCUAGGGCCCUGCCCCGGGAGCCAGGCGCUGGCAUCAGACCUGGGGCUUUCAUAUAUAUGUCAGUUUUUAAUCCUGGAGGAUGCCAAGAACAGCUCACACGGUGACCCGGGUGUAUGGACCUUGCUGUGUCACAGCGGAGCUGUCAGUCACGAGGUAUUCAAGGUUGCUCUGUUUAGCAUUAUUUUGAGUUGUUACUGGGAGGAUCCGCAGCUGUUUCUUAUCCGUCUCUCUGGCUCAGCUCCUUAUCUCCUCCUUGGGACUUAGGGGUGAUUGAUAAUAAAGUUGGUGCCUCUUGA